AUGGCGACGGAGGCGGAGGUCGGGCAUCCCCUGAGCGGGCUGCUGAGCGGGCUGGCCCAGGCCGCCUUCCACGGUCAGCCGGCGGGCGUCACGGAGGAGGAGCGGCUGCGGGGCCAGCUCUACCCGGACGUGCCGCCCGACCAGUUCGGGCCGUUCGUGGACAAGAUGAGAAGCCUCCUGCAGUCUAUAGCUUCUGCAGACAUGGAUUUCAACCAGCUGGAGGCAUUCCUGACCGCUCAAACCAAAAAACAAGGUGGAAUCACCAGCGAUCAAGCUGCAGUCAUUUCCAAAUUCUGGAAGAACCACAAAAUGAAAAUCCGAGAAAGCCUGAUUAAUCAAAGCCGAUGGGAAAACACUCUUAAAGCCAUGAACUGGAGAGUUGAUUUGAAGUCCCAGUCGAGACACGUAGAUCAAAUUAACACUCCUGUUGCCAUAGUAGAGCUGGAACUGGGGAAGAAUGGACAGGAAUCUGAAUUUCUGUGUUUGGAAUUCGAUGAGGCCAAAGUCAGCCACAUCCUGAAAAAGUUGUCCGAGGUGGAGGAAAGCAUCAUUGCCCUGACGCAGCCUGCUUGACCUUGAAGGUGACUUGGGAAAAGGCUGAGGAUUUCAGAAGGAGAGCUGCCAGCCCCGCUGACUCCCUUCCUGUAUGACAUUCCACCAGUUGUAUUAAACGUUGAGCUGAAACCUA